AUGAUUCUGGGCGGCGGCCCAGGCAACGAGCUGCGGCCGCUGACCGACGUCAGGGCUGAGCCGGCGGUGCCGUUUGCGGGGCUGUUCAGGCUGAUCGACAUCCCGAUCAGCAACUGCAUCAAUAGCGCAAUGCGCUGCAACAGGCGCGCGCCAUCCCGCACCCUGCGACGCGCGCCGCUGUGA